UGAACAAACCUCACCUCAGCAACAAAAUUAAAAAUCUCAAUCCUCUCUUCUCUCUCAGAUAACCAAAGCUUCCUCCUCUUCUCUUCUGUGCCCAUCUUGUUCUUCUAAGCUCUUAGCUUCUCAUUUCUGAGACACAUACUUUCACCUGAUCCCUUACCUUUUUUUCCUUCACUUUUGCUUCUGAAUCUUACACGCAUUCGGAAAAAGGUCUCCUUUUUAGUGCCUUUUUUCCUACACUCGAGUUCCCAAUUUUCCGGGAAACCAAAACCCCUUCGUUUCUUUUACCAAACAAUCAUGGAAACAAUGCAACAAAAUCACCUCCCUUUCGAGAUCACCGACUUGGAUAUCCGUUCAUCUCUAUCCAACCUCAUCCUAACCGGCGGCACAAACACCUUGGACUCAAUCUUCUCCCAUUUCCCACAAACCACCACCACCACCCCAGUUUCGGAGCCACUAGGCUCCUCCGUCUACCUCCGCCAGCGUGACCUCCUCCAGAAGUUCAGCGAGCAAACCCGCGCAAACGGCGGCGCCGUUUCCCGCCUUCCGACGAACCCAGUUCGAAUCCCAAGCUCCUCUUCCUCUUGCUCCACCACGUACCUAGCCCCCACCAAGAAGAAGCUGUACAGAGGAGUGAGGCAGAGGCAUUGGGGCAAAUGGGUCGCCGAGAUCACUCCCCAGAACAGAAUGAGAGUCUGGCUCGGCACCUACGACACCGCCGAAGCCGCCGCCUACGCCUACGACCGCGCCGCCUACAAGCUCCGUGGCGAGUACGCGCGCCUCAACUUCCCCAACCUCAAGGACCCCACCAAGCUGGGUUUCGCUGACGGCUCGAGGCUCAACGCCGUCAAGGCCUCCGUCGACGCCAAGAUUCAGGCGAUUUGUCAGAAGGUGAAGCGGGAAAAGGCCAAGAAGAAUAAUGCCAAGAAGAGCAGUAGUGGUUCGGUUAAGACUGAAAAAGUGACCAAAGUCGAUUCGCCAUCUUCCUCUUCGUCGCAUUUGACUUUUUACGACGGUUUGGGGCAGGAGCUGCUGUCGUCACCAACGCCGACAGGGUCGGAAGGGAGGUGUGAGAAUUCAUCCACGCCGUCGGUUUCGAACGACGGUCCGAUCAGCGUGGCCAUGGCGGAGAUGGAGGACUUGGAAUUCGAAGGGUGCUCACUUGCAAGAAUGCCUUCAUUUGACCCAGAGUUGAUUUGGAAAGUCCUUGCUAAUUAGGAAAGAGCCAAAGAGGCUUAGUUUUAAUUUUCUCCUGAUCUGGGUUUAGAUUAAUGGUACUGGUGCUAAGUGUAAAUGGUACAGCACGAGAUGAGCUAUAUCUGAAAUAUGAUUCCGUCGGUUUCUAAUAACUAAGGAAUUAAUAUGGUUUUAUGUUU